CCUCUCCUGUGGCUCACUUUUGACCAAUCGCGUUUCUCUCCUGAGGUAAACUUUUUAACCAAUCACCGGCAGCUAUUAUUAUCAUCUUUGAGUUAGCGAUAGGUAAGUCUUGUUUACUUCGUUAUUAAAUUUCGGUCAUUAUUUGUUAAUAUAAUGUGUAUAUGUUUGGAAAAUUAAACUUGCCUAUAUAGCUGUCUAGCAUGUAUUGGACAUGUUUUCUUCUGUGCAGUUUAACACGGUGGUUAAGUUCACGUUAGUUUAACGUUUGCAAAUGUCAUGACAUUCAUUAGACAUUCGGCUUCAUACUCAUUAAAGUUUAACUCUCGGUUUUCAGUCCAAAACAAUAAGAGAUAACUGUGGUUUUAUAAAUGAUAUGUAACAAUAUCCUCAUGACAGGAGGAUGAAAGAUAAACGUUCCUAAAAUAUCCAUUUCAUAGCGCAAGGACCCUUUUGGGGUAAUAUGUCUUUUAUGUGCUAUGAAAGGAUAUUAUUAGGAAAAAAUUGUCAUCCUUCUGCCAUUGGGUCGUAUUGAUAAAUUAUUUAAUUGAUUAAAUAAAAACAGCAAAUGCUAGAGUCAAACGAAUUAUUAUUAUUUAAAUGAAUAUCAAAUAUAAAAUCAACUUUACUGCAGUAACGUACGUCAGAUAUGCAUAAACACAUAAACUACAAUACUGUUUGGCCUAAAGGUAUCAAACCAACUUUAAAUUACUUAGUAUUAUUCUCUAUCAUGCACAAGGCUUGUUUUUUAGAUUCUUCUAGGCCCCUAGAAUGGUGAUGUUUACAGCUUUGGAAAUAGAAGUAAAUUUCAGACUUAAUAUUUCACUUAUAUUGACAUAUUUUAUAUACGGUAUCCGAGAUUCCUUCCCCUUUAGAAAACUCAUCAGCAAGCCAGUUUAUGGUCAUAGCCAUAUUUAUUACCACAGUAAUAUGGUUUACAUGUAGCUUAUUAAAUUACCAUUACACACUUAACGUCAGAUUGCUAGAGGUAAUAGUCUCUUCCUAAUUUUCAUUUCAGAAAAUGUAUGCGUAUCCUGUUUUUCAACGGCAAUCGGCAACAUCAAGCCGACUCCUCAUGGCACCAUCAGCAGAGGCAAAGCGCCUAGAAAAGCUUGAGUCCGGAAGGGCCAAAAGCAAAGAGGAGGUGCUGGCAGAGGCUAGAGCUUUUGUCAGCACAAAUGGUGGAGACCCCAGUGACCAGUUUUUAGUUCUCGCUCACUGCAAACUUCAGUUUGGGAAGUACCAGGGCCAGCGAUUUAGAUGGCUCCUGGAAAACUCUCUGGGGUAUGCAGUGUAUUUGGUGCUUAGCAGUUCCAGUGAGAAAGCCCAUCCAAACCCGCUGUCAGAAAACAAACAGCUGUACCUGCAGUAUACUUCUCUUAUAAGAGAGAUGGCAGAAGAAGUGGAGAAGUAUAAGAGAAAGCAGGAAAUGCAAGCAGAAGCCCAUGCAACUGGAGACCAAGGCUGCUUGAUGGUGGAGUUUGGUGACUUCCAGGGCCGGUCCAUGAAGGAUGUUUAUGAGGACCAGAGCAAGCAGGCCCAAGCCCUCAUCAGGUACCUGAUAAAGGCAAAUCCCAACCCCAACACCAACAUGGCCAUUUUCAAGACGUAUGUCUUGAAAAGACAGGCUUCUGCUGUGGGCACCCGUGUAUGCCAGCCUGCACCUCAAGUUGCAUCCUCCAGUGCCUCUGCACCUCCACCUGCAACCUCCAGUUCCUCUGUACAUCCACGUGCAACCUCCAGUGCCUCUGCACCUCCACCUGCAACCCCCAGUUCUUCUGUACCUCCACCUGCAACCUCCAGUGCCUCUGUACGUCCACGUGCAACCUCCAGUGUCUCUGCACCUUCACCCGCAGCCAUCAAAACUGGUGUACACCAGAGCGCCACUGUGAAAGCACUGUUGACGCGUGGCAAACAUUUGUCUCCUUCACACCUGGCGAGAAAACUCAUGUCACCAGUGAAACACUAUCCAUUGCUGCAGUCCACUUUACCUCCUCCAGCAGCAGAACCCCCAGUCACACAUUUGACCCGAAGGCAGCUUUUCACUACUGGCACUUCCGUUUCCACUGCUGAAGAUGAUGAUGAUGAGGAACUGGUAUUUGCUGCAUCACAAUGUGAAGCACAGCUAAAUACAGAAUUAUGUCAGAUCUUGCCUCAAGCUGGAUGUAUGCUUUGA